GUGUUCUGAACUACCUGUGAACACACCUUGUUUCGACCGCCACGUUUCUCACUAACUAUCAGUGGGACUUGUAGGAUUUUAUGUCGCAUACAGUAAAUGUUGCCAUCCUACGACAUGUCUGUGGAGCAUUAGCAACUACAUAGCAGGUGGUUUGUGUGCAAAAUACUAGUACGAGAACGUCUGAGGGGUGGCAGGUGUUCACAGGGUAGUGCCAUACUGCGACAACAAUGGCGAGUCUAGCAGGUAAACUGCGGCAGCUAAAUUUACGUCUACAGAACAACUGCAGCCCCGAACGUGGCUACGGAGAGGCCCUUGUGCGCGCUAUUGCAGACAUGGACACUAGGAUAGAGGCGGAGGCACUCAAGUGUCUUGGUGACCUGUACCUUGAGAGAGGAAAACGCACGAAGAGUGAGGACGACUUCGACAAGGCCGCUGCCAUGUACACUGCCUGUAUUAUGAGAUGUGCAGAUACGGACAUAACAGAGGCCAUCUCUGAUCGGUUACGGUAUAUGGGUAAAAUCAAAGGUACGUUUCUACGCAAAGCAUCUCUAGUAGGAAGCACCGAACGCAGUGAGAGCCAAAUCAAGACUUCCAAUCGCCCUGUUUCAGAAAACAAUACCUUAAGGGUAACAGAAAUAUGUCAAGAAGUGGACGCAGCCGUCCGAAGAACUUCAACUAGCGUGCGUUCACUAAGACAGCGUUAUGCCCAAGUGUUGGUGGACGCUGUGUCGAACAGAGAUCCUUAUCUGGAAGUAGAGGUUCUGAAAACACUUGGGGACUCGUACCUUGUUGAAGGAAAGAGCUGUACGGAAGUGUCGAAGCUGUCCAAGGCCUUUGCGUUCUACUAUGCUGCGCUAACAAAGUGCUCGACGCCAUGUGACAGGCAAACUCUACUACAUCGUGUGAGGUACACCGAGAAGGUUCGAGAAUUUGUCAGGAAGCGCUUGGCUAGAAGGCGUAUAUCACGUCCGGGAGGUGAGAAGCAGGCUGUUAGGAAAAAUACCAAACCAGACGUCAAACAAGACAGCAACACAGAUGUAUGGAGGUGA